AUGUCUCUCUUUAAGUCCCUAGUGAGUGUAUUGGCGUUGGCCGGUACUGCCGUGUCUUGCGCCCACCAUGGAGAUGCCGAGGUUGUGCCGGAGCAUGAGCGUGAGGAAUUGCUGAAGAAAUGGGAUCAGGAAUGGUCUUUCUCCGGCAUUGCUAGCUUCGCCCACUUGAAGCCUGUCAAGUGUCUGGUCGAACCUUCCGAGCACUACGACAUCGCAGUGAUUGGCGCUCCUUUUGAUACAGCCGUCAGCUACAGACCAGGAGCCCGAUUCGGCCCUCGCGCUAUCCGCGCCGCCAGCGCACGCCAAAUGGCUGGUACCAGCUACAACACGCGCGCAGGAAUCAACCCGUACCAGUCAUGGGCGAAGAUCACCGACUGCGGCGACAUCCCCAUCACACCUUUCGACAAUGGACUCGCAGAGCGACAGAUGUACGAAGCAUUCCUGGAGCUGGGAUCGCGUAAGCCAGUACACCAAGAGCCCAAUGGCAAGAACAACAUUGGAUCGGGACACCCGAAGCUCGUGACUCUGGGUGGGGACCACAGUAUUGCGCUGCCGGCGCUGCGGGCACUCUACCAAAUCUACCAGAAGCCCAUUACCGUGCUGCACUUCGACGCGCACCUGGAUACUUGGAAUCCAGUUCGCUACUCGGCGUACUGGCAGUCUGAGCAGACGCAAUUCAACCACGGCAGUUUCUUCCACAAGGCUAGUCGGGAGGGACUGAUCUGCAAUUUGACCUCUGCGCAUGCCGGUCUGCGAACUCGUCUUACGGGUGUUGAUGCUGGUGAUUACACCAACCCUGGACCGGAGCAGGGCUUUAUCCGCAUCCAUGCGGAUGAUAUCGAUGAGCUUGGUCCUAUGGGUGUCGUUGAGACGAUCAUCCAGCGCAUCGGUCUCGAUCCCGAACAGCCCGUGUAUCUGUCUGUUGAUAUUGAUGUUUUGGACCCUUCCACUGCUCCUGGAACUGGUACCCCUGAGCCUGGUGGUUGGACAACGCGCGAGUUCAUCCGUAUUCUGCGUGGGUUGGAGAAGUUGAAUCUUGUUGGUGCUGACAUUGUUGAAGUUUCCCCUGCUUAUGAUAACAAGGGUGAGACUACUGCUCUUGCUGCCGCACAGGUUGCCUUUGAGAUUAUUACCAGCAUGGUCAAGUCUGGUGCUGAUGAGGAUCUGGGUGGUUGGUAUGGAUGGAAGGAUGCGGUUGAGGGUGAAGCGAACGUCGAGGAGGUCUCCAAGGAUGAACUGUAA